AGAAAAGUCCUUUUGUAAAGUGAACAAAGGCUUCCGAUGGUGACAUUUCAUGUUUCUCAUUGUCAAUCUGUCUUGACCAGAAUGAACAUUUAUGACGUCACUUCGGUAUUAUUUAAAUAAGUUUCGCUCGUUCUCCAAGCAGGUGAAAACAGCUCGAAACGACAACACAUACAACACAUCGCACCAUCGCAAAUCUGCUACAGCUAAGUUUGAGUUGAUCCUUGGAUUACUUCAAGCCACAAGCUAGCAUUUUGAAAUGACCAGGAACAAGAUUUUGCCAUACUGCAAGGUGAUUGUGGGACGUCCUAAGCUUUGCUUUGGUUUGGCCCUCGCUGCCCAUUUCUCAGUUAUCAUAUUAACAGCAAUUCUUCAUACUACUGGUUAUGAUAUUAUUCCGGCGGACUUCUCUCAAGUUCCUCUUAACCUCGAGCAGGAUGAUUCCAAACUCAGAGCGGAUGCUUGGAACUUUGUUGACCAAGACCCGCAAAUCGAUUUAAACGCUGCCUCGCUCGGUGUUCAAGGAGAACGAGCGGCGAAAUACGACAUGCUGCAAUUGAUAUACGAGAUGGAAAAUGGGAACAUUUUCACCAAGGAGAACCUGAAGUUGAUUCAGAAAACCGAACGAGAAUUGUUUGCCAACGAGGUUUUUCGACAGAAGUUGUGUUUGAAGACGCAAAACAGCCAGUGCAAACAACCCACUUCAAUAAUUAGGUUUUUCGAUGGCUCUUAUCAAAAGUUUCAUCGGUUGCUAAACGAUACCGAAUUUGAUAACAUCCCCCGAGUUUUAAGCGCUGCAAAAUCCAUGAACCACACGAGAGCAAUCUUAGAUUAUCACCUCGGUAAAGACGCGGUGAUUAAUUCAAAAACCGCGACCUCGCUUUACACUCGAACAUUCCUUAGCCUCGGUUUUCCUUUUAAAGGUUUUCAAAGCACAGCGGACCGGCCAGAUGAUCAGUGGGACUUUGCACAAAAACAUUCGGGAGAAGCAUUUGCUGAAAAGCUUGACGAGCUUUACGAAUCAGGUGUCGGUGAAAUGAAAUUUUACUACAACCUCAGAUCGCUGUUUUUCGAUGCUGUGUCCAGACAAGUCAUUUUUGAUCUCUUACUUGUGCUUGGCAGUUUCGCAUUUAUUUUCUUUUUCGUGCUGUUUCAGACUCGGUCUCUUUGGAUUACUGGAUGGGGACUGUUCAGUAUCUUUUCUAGCUUUUUUGGCGCUAACUUAAUCUACAGAAUUGUCUUCGAUUUCCGAUACAUCGGCAUUUUUCACGUGUUGUCCGUUUUCAUCAUUCUUGGUAUUGGGGCUGAUGAUGUAUUUGUCUUCUGUGACACUUGGCGUGCGUCAAAGGACAAAGUCUAUCCAAAUCUGGUCAGUCGGUUUUCUCAUGUGUACUCCCAUGCAGCUGGUGCCAUGUUCAUAACAUCGUUUACAACAAUGGUGGCUUUCAUUUCUAACGUGUUUUCGCCGUUGCUAGGCGUUUCGUCAUUCGGUACGUUUUCCGCAUUGCUUGUCUUUGUCAACUACUGCUCCGUGAUCAUAUUCUUCCCGACAGUUGUAAUUACUCACGAGCUCUACUGGAAGAAUUGGAAGUGGCCUUGCUGCAAGGUGUUCCACAUUUUCUGUGACAGGAAUCCACGGGACAACCGGAUUUCACCAACACUCACAGGAGACAUUGAAGAAGAGAAAGAUUCUUCGCUGGAAUCUGUUUCAAGCAGUCACACUCGACUGGUGGCCAGGCUCUUUGGAGGAGUUUUCUUUGACAAAGUUGUUGGCCAUAAAGUUACCCGGUGGAUUAUAAUUGUUGUAUUCACCGUGUUUAUCUGCCUGUCAGUGACGUAUGCAACACGGAUAAAGGUCGACGAGGAGCAGGUUAAUAUUUGGGGAAAGGGAACAAACUGGCACAGUGUAAAGCGGCUGACGGCGGUCGCCUUUAAACCGAGCUCAGAAGACAAUGUGAUCAACUUGUACAUCGUAUGGGGUUUAAAGAAUCAAGACCGCAGUGAAUGUCACUUCACAGACUUCAACUGCAAGGGAAACACUGUGCUGGACAGAAGCUUUGAUCUGAACCCUCCGCCAUGUCAGUUAGCGAUGCUGGAUUUCUGCAAAGAGUUAAAAAGUUUGAGUGCUGAUAAACUGGAGCAGUUGAAGAUACGACGGAAUGCGGUUACUGGUGAGCCAGACAUACGCUGCUUUCUUCAGGACAUGAGUACAUUUCUUAAGGAUGAAGCAAAAAAGUCCAAAUAUCCAAAUGGUACGGAUUUUAGCUUCCCUUUAAACAGCGAAAAAAUGAGAACCUUGAUGCAAUACAACCCUAAAUUGUACAACACUUCGAAACUUUCGCAAGCGUACUAUCGUUUCUUUGAGAUGGCACUUGGCUAUUGGUUGACUCGUGGUAACACGUCAUACAACAACGAUGAUUUUGUCACCUAUGGUCGGCUCCUUGGAGGGCAGGUUGAUCCAACGUCUAAGUUGAAGACACCCAGCUUUCAAGGUGGUAAAUAUGGCAACAAUCUUUUGUACGCCGGAAUCAAGGUCCAUACCACAAUGACUAUGGGUAGCUUAGGAUACAAGAAAGGACUUGUUACCUAUGAUGCUUGGGAGGAAUUUGUAAACCAAAAGAUGAGUGCAAUGCCAUCAUCAUGUGAUAAUGCUUUCCAGACCACUCCUGAGGCGGCACUGGCGUGGCAUUGGAUCAAAGUACAACAGGUUCUUGUUCGAAGCGCAGUAAAUGGCAUUAUCAUUGGUCUAUGCCUUACUCUACCCCUGUUGAUAAUCAUGACCACAAACUGGAUUGUGGCAUUGCUAUGCUGUAUGACAAUUUCUUUUAUCACGGUUGGCGUGGUCGGUAUCAUUCCACUAGUCGGAUGGAAGCUCGGAAUACUCGAGUCCCUGAACCUGACCCUAGUCGUUGGAUUAGCCGUUGAUUACGUGGUCCAUCUCGCAGACGGCUACGUCCGCUCCCAGAAGCACUCGCGCGGCGACAAGGUGCGCGAGACGCUGGGUCACGUGGGUAUUUCUGUGUUGUCAGGCGCGUGCACAACCGUAGGAGCGUCCAUUUUUAUGCUGUUUGCGCGAAUUCUCUUCUUUUUUCAAUUUGGAAUCUUUAUUUUUUGCACAAUUGGACUCUCGAUAUUUUACGCGUUAUUUUUCUUCACCACUGUCCUCGCUCUGGUAGGACCUGAAGGCAGCAGGGGUUCAAUACUACCGCUAGUGCGCUAUGUGAGAGACAAACUGCGCAACAAGAAACCCACAGAUGUCACUUGUCAGCAAUGCGAUGGACGAGGAUUUCAUGCCCAGCCCCCUCGAGAGAACAGCACAUUUACUCCUGUAGAUAUCUCGUAAAACCUUGCUAUGUCCUUGGGAAUGUAAAUAUCGAUUAAUUUUACAGGAACAUAAUUUACAGAAGCAAAACCAUUUGAAGAAUAAAAUGUUAAUGCUGUCGCAUUAGUUUUUUGUACAGCGGUAUGUUGUGCUAUAGUUACCAGUUUUUCGCUCGGACAACUGUCACAGGUAGUUCUAGCAUGUGUUACACUGUUCGACACAAGGUUGUACCUCGGCGGAUCUAUGCGAAUUUCACGUCGUUAAAUUUGUUGUAUUUCAAGGUUCUUAUCGUCAACGGUCUUUAUUCGUCCUAUUCACGUAAAGGUUCAAAGGAAACGGAGGGCGUUGUAAACAAAGAAAUUCACGGAGCGAUUAAAGGUACAAACAGUUUUGUUUAACCGAGUGUUUGGUCUCCAGAAUAGUAUUUGCUAUCGACGGUUACAUAAAAUGUGGCCAGUUUCUUUCUCAUUUCAAAACACCUUACCUCAUCUUUAGUAAUCUCACCCUUAAGCUGAAGCUAAGUUUCAGUAUCAUACAGAUUCACUCCUUACAUUACGCUAUCUCUCAUGUUGGUGUCACAGUACCACAAAACUGUUAAUAGUACGGUCGAUCACUGGGAUGGGAAGGCGAAGGAGGCACGUCCGAGUGUCCAUGUUAUAGAGACUGAAAUGAUAAGAAUGCUGUUUUUUUUUUCUGGGUUCAAGUGAACUGUCCAUAAUAUUGAGGUGCCAGUAUCACGGAGCUCUUCGACUGUACCGGACAAUUUCAUUCCCAGAGCCACUCGUCCCUCUUAGCUGCGGGGCCUUGGCAAAGAGGAAAAGCUGGUCAUAAAGAUAUAAUUUUGAUUAGCAAGAUUCCAAGAUUUUCGCUACUUCAACGACGUUUUCUUUCCGAAAUAUAUUUACUGGUUGAUAUCUCACUAAAACGG